UUCUGGGUUUUGUUUCUGAUUUAUAAAGUUAUUAAAUUAAUAAACCUUCUUUGUUUUCUUUAGCCCCAAGUUUUCCCUUUUAGUUUAUAUGAAUUCUGCCUUUUUUAUUGGGUUAUUUUAUUAUUUUAUUAUUUAUUUAUAAAUUAUUGAGCUGUUUAACGACUUGUCAAAUGCGGGGGUCUGUGUUAUUUCCAACUAAUAACAGAACUGAGAACUGUUUAUAUUUGUUGUUUCCGCUAUAAAUGCAAUGCCCUGUAACUGUUGCCUUUGCACUUGUACAAUAUUUUUAGUUAGGUUUUCUUUAGUAUCUAUUUGGUCUUUUCUUUAUUUGUUCAUGUAUUAAUUGGAGAAGUGGGUCUAUUUUUUGUUUUAUGUUUCUAGAUUUCACUGUUAUUACUUUGGGAUUUGUUGAUAUUUCAAGCUCUGGGAAAUGAGAUUGUAUAUGAGAGUGAAAGGGAUUUUACUUUGUUGAAUUUUAUAUGCAGAUUUGAUGGAAUUUUAGGGUUUUUGUAUUGGGUUUUAGGGAUUUGGAAGGUAUCAGUUGGUUGAUUAUUUGGAGCGAAUUAUACAAGAUAAAGAGGACUUUAUUUGGUUCUUGAUUUUGAUUUGAUUUGAGAAGUACCCAGUUUGGAUUCAAUGCUUGUUAAUUGGGUUAGACGUUUUACGGGAACUCAGUGCUUCUAAGGGUUAGAAGAAGGGCUUUGACUUGAUUGGAAUCACGGUUUUUGAUUGUCUGGGAUUCCGCCAUUCAAUAUUAUAGAGUGGAAGAAUUUUCAGAUUGCUUGGCGAACAAUUUUGGGGUCUUGUUGAUGUUGUGGUUCUGAUUAGAGAUUGGAAUUUAGGAUGGAUGAAUCUCAGGGCAGUUCGAACUCGCUGCCGCCUUUUCUAUCAAAGACAUAUGAGAUGGUGGAUGAUCCUUCCACAAAUUCAGUUGUUUCAUGGAGUCAGAGUAAUAAAAGCUUUAUUGUAUGGAAUCCACCGGAGUUUGCGAGGGAUUUGCUCCCAAGAUUCUUUAAGCACAAUAACUUCUCAAGCUUCAUCAGACAGCUCAAUACAUAUGGUUUUAGAAAGGUAGAUCCGGAACAAUGGGAAUUUGCGAAUGAAGAUUUUAUAAGAGGUCAACCACACCUCAUGAAGAACAUUCACAGAAGGAAACCUGUUCAUAGCCAUUCCUUGCAAAAUCUCCAGGGACAAGGAUCUAAUCCAUUAACGGAAUCAGAAAGACAGAGUUUAAAGGAUGAUAUAGAGAGGCUUAAACAUGAGAAAGAAGCACUUGUUCUGGAGUUAAAGAGGCAGGAACGGCAACGGCAAGGAUUUGAGAUGCAAAUGCAGGCUUUGAAGGAGAAAUUGCAACAAAUGGAACGGCGACAGCAAACUAUGGUGUCUUUUGUGGCUCGAGUACUGCAGAAACCUGGGCUUGCUUUAAAUCUCAUGUCACAAAUGGAACCUGGCCAUGAUAGAAAGAGAAGGUUGCCGAGAAUUGGUUAUUUUUAUGAUGAGGCCAGCAUUGAGGACUGCCAAACUAUUGCUAGGGAAAAUGCAGAUAGUAAUUCUGUUGCACUGUCAAAUGUUGAGCAGUUUGAGCAGUUGGAGUCAUCGUUGACCUUAUGGGAAAGUAUUCGAGAUGAUGUUCAAACCAACAUCCAACGGGAUUCAACCAUGGAGUUGGAUGAAUCUACAAGUUGUGCAGAAAGUCCAGCCAUAUCUUGUGUACCACUUAAUAUUGAUAUUCGGCCAAAAUCCCCUACUAUUGAUAUGAAUUCUGAGCCUGCUGCAGCUUCAGCCCCAGAGCCUGAUCCCCCGAAGGAACAGGCAGCCGGGACUGCUCCUCCUACUGUGGCAACUGGAGUCAAUGAUGUAUUUUGGGAACAGUUUUUGACUGAGAACCCCGGAUCAACCGACACACAGGAGGUUCAAUCCGAAAGGAAGGAUUCUAAUGAUAGAAAAAAUGAGAUCAAACCCAGUGAUCAGGGGAAAUUUUGGUGGAAUAUGAGGAAUGUAAAUAACCUUGCUGAACAGAUGGGGCAUCUUACUCCUGCAGAGAGAACUUGAUAUGGCAUUUGUUUUUUUUUUCGACUUUUGAUGCCACAGAGCCUCAGAUGUAAUAGAUUUAGGUAUGAUUUGCUUGAUGCGGUAAUAAUAAGAUUUUGCAGUUUGAUUUCAUAAAUUGUGUUGCAUCUCAUGUCCAUGGUUCUAUUGGUGCUAAUAUACUUGAAGGUUUUUGACAA